AUGAUCAACAGAAGCCAAGCAGUGGAUGAAACGUGGCUGGUCAAAGAUAAAAUAACAUGGGAAAAUCAUCCAAUGACAUCUCCCGCCCAGGCUAAGGCGACAGAGAGUGUCAGACUCAUACUGACUAAAAACCCCCCGUUCCUUCUCCUGCUCUGGGCCGAGGUCGCGGUGCCUCAUUGCGCUUACCCCGCAACCCCGGCUGAACAUAAGCCCUAUAGGGCCCCGUCUGUGGUGGUCUAUUGGCUCUUUGAGGCGCGCGCGGAACGCUACGCACCGAUAUACGUUAACGUCCGUAACAGAAGGUCCAGACCUUCAAGAGAAGUCUACCAGAAGAAGUCAGCCACAUUCGUCGCGCAUCUCCGCCGGGAGCUUAAAGUUUCCCAGCACACGAGUCAGAACGAACAACAUUAUUACAGAACAGCCAAGGUUACCGGGGCCUUGGCCUGGAGCAGGAGAAGUAACCGGGUGGUUUUUAAAUGGAGCGGUGCAACGGGUGGUCCUCCCGCAGAAGUAGUGCUGCGGCUACAUCCACCUUCCUCGACUUCUCGUGUCAACGCCUCAUUAGCUGACAUCGAUGGCAGCGGUGUGGUGGUGAGGGCAGAGGAAGCCCUAAUAGUAGCCUUCGUCCUCCUGCUAUGGGUGGCGGCUAUAGCCUUGUUCUUCAAUCGAUGGGGCAAGAUCAGAAUGCUGGAGCCAUAUCAGCCGAAGUUCCAACAGCAGCAUCGACAGAGUUGUGCUUUAGCUGAGAAUUCAGUAUCCGUGCCACCACACCACCGAGCAUCACUGUCACGCGGCUGUGUGUCAUACGACUGCGGGGCAUCAUUCUCAUCUUAUCAACCAUGCGGGUACCUGUCCCAUAGACCGCGGCAGAACUCGGUCUUCGUAAGUAGCAUGGGCAUGGGAGGGAUGGCUCUCAUACCUGAGAGUCCACCGAGACGCUCUCGGUCUGCAGCAGACAUUCCAGCCCUCGUCACUCCAUCAGAAAUGUCUCACCACACGCCGAGGUCUUCGAGAGCAGCCAGCUUACAUAGCGCAGUAGAUAUCAGAGUAGUUCCAUCUCCAAGAACAUCCAGAGCAGCAAGCCAAUCUUGCACCAACAUUGAAUCAAAUACAACAGAUGAAGAUUGUUUCGAAAUUGAUGAGGAUAUAACUGAUAUAUCUCUCUUCUUGGAGCAGUCUACACAAAUCGAGCAAGAAGAGGAAGAAGACAGUGAUGAAGAAGAAACAAGUGACUAUGAAGAAUUUGAUGUUGAAUGA